AUGCAACUAUUGCGAGGAUAUAGGUUUGGUCUGAUUCUCCCUGUUCCCGCCUCGACUGGCACGAGUGUGCUGUCGGUCUGCCCACCAGGAUGCAGACGAGGAUAUAUACAGCAGCUCGCUAUCGACCCCUUCUGUCUCAUAGAAGCAGGAAUAGUCAUAGCCGGGCUUUAUCAUACUCGCACGCAACAUCCAAAGCCAUCACAUGGGUGCCUUGGCAGGCUUGUCAAGUUGAGUGAUAUCUGCGAGACCGAAUGCCGCGCGUCGCAUGUCCCGCGCACCGAAUAUGCCGCGUAUCGCUUCCGCUGUGUCUACCGCGCCAAGCUGCUGCGGACCUAUGCGCAGCCCCAAAACACGAACAGACAAAUCUCAGACAAAUCUCCACAUGGUUUGGAAGUUGUGAAAGACUUGGGAAUGCUGGUUUCAAGUGGUGAGAAGGGAGAUGGCGUGUCAAUGGCAGGUAAUGCCAAGAAAAGACAAGCAUGCUAA